AUGGCGCCGCACCAGGAAACGGAGUCUACAGUCUGGCAACUGUAUCACCGGAGGGCUAAGAUUCGAGACAAAUCCCUCUUAGACCACUGGAAUGGACUUUUCGCCUCAGUUGUCACCGCCUUUUGCGUCGAAAGUAGGAAAAUGUUGCAAGAAGAUCCCCUGGAUUCGAUUCAAGUUGCAGUUUGGUAUAUCGCUGCAAGGCAGGCCAACUCGAGCCUACCAUUUACUCCUCCCAGGCAGUUUAAACAGCAUAAGUGGGUGAUUUUCGUGAACGGACUAUUGUUCACAAGCUUGACAUGUAGCUUAAUUGCUGCUCUUAUGGGUUUGACAUGCCUCCAUUGGGUGAAAGAGUACGAACAUGGGGCUAAUAACAAACUUCCAUUUCAAGGAGAAAAAAGCAGAGCGUUGCAUAGGCACUACCAAUACCAAGGAGUAAAGAAGUGGCUCAUGGACGAAAUGAUUGCUACGGCACCAAACCUUCUAUAUAUGGCGGCAAUAUGCCUCUUUACGGGACUAGCCAUUUGGCUUUGGCACCUCAACUGGCGCGUUGCUCUCGUAUUGUUGAUAGGUAUGUUGGCUGUCGCGACCUGGUACAUUAUUACGACCUUAUUCGCCAUAUUGUCCCCUUCCGCCCCAUUCAAAACUCCCAUAUCAAAGUUCUCCCUCGUAUUCAGUUUUGUUGAGCUCGUGAAGGAUUCCCUCGAAAUCACUUCGGGAUUCUUGAGAAAUUUCAAUGGAACCCGCCAACCAAGCUAG